UAGGUUUAUUUAUUAAAAUAUUAUUUAUUUCACAAAUUACACUAUGUACAAGCUGUCCUCAACACUUUAGUUUUAUCACUCCGGUCAACAUGAUCUACCCAAAUUUAGCCAAUUCAUGAAUUAGAGUACAUGUUAAGACGAGCUGCGUGCAAUAUUCCACAUUUCACGUGCUUAUGUAUGUAUGUACAUAGGUAUGUAUAUAAACAUGGAGAUGCACAUACAUCCACGUUACUAAAUUUUCUUCAUUGUCAGUCAUUAGUAAGAUAUGAGCUCAUCUUCUUUACAUACAUAAAUUAAUCUUUGUGCUCUGAUCUGAAAACUAAAUACAUAUUUAUUUCAAUUUUUUAAAAUGUCCUUGUUAAGCAGAAUCCUCUUUCCACUCGUAAUGGUGUUUUGUGACCGAUUUCAGGGAGCAAUUUCCACCUCACAAGAAUUUCAAACCACAUCUAACCUGCAGGAUAAACUCAAUCUCGCCGAGAGAGAAAUAAUCCAGUUGAGACUGAAACAAAGCCAAUCUGAAGAUAUGGUAAAAAUUGUGACGGCAGAAAUGAAAAAUCUGCUAAACAUACGUCUCAAUAUGGAAAUGACCAGACAAAGGAAUCUUGCCAAGGUGCCAGAUAUGCGUCCGUUAUGCCGUAUUAAUCAAAUUGAGACAACUACCACAACGACUAGUGCCCCAAUUUAUGAACAACAUCAUCACCACCAAACCUACCGACAUCACUAUGAAGACGAAUUGGGGGGAUUUGAUCAUUACCGAGACCCACCUGGGCGACACAGGGAUGAAUUGGACAUAUAUUAUUAAGACCUCUAGUAGUUUGUUUUAAUUGUAUUAAAAAUGUAUUAAAAUACACAACUUUAUAUGAAGCAUACCUUCAGAAUGCCGGCAAAAGGUGGAUACAUAGAUACAAUUUCUUAAAUACGGUACGAUGUUGGCCCAAGUUUUAAAAUUCUAAUAAAUACAUAUGUAAAUUUGAGCAAAUAAAAUAAUGUGGGUAUUCACGUCAAUUAAAAACGUCGCUUCGCAACACAUCUUCGCAACUUUGCGGUGUUUGCGAAAUCGGUGUCGUGAACGACUUAUUUUACAUGAAAAUGCGUAAAUUGAUUAUU